GGAGGGAGCUCGUCCUGGUACCGCCUCUAUCUUUGGGAGAAAGAGGGAGAGAGAGGGAGAGGAGAAGAGAGGAGAGGAGAGGGCAGGAGAGGAGAGGACAGGAGAGGAGAAGCCGGGCGGGGAGACUGGGCCAAGGGCCGGGACACAUGGAUUAACCAGGCGCCCUCUCGGGCCGGUGUCCGCCCAGCCGCACCAUGGGCAAACUUCACUCCAAACACGCUGCCGUGUGUAAGCGCAGGGAGAGCCCCGAAGGUGACAGCUUCGCAGUGAACGCCUCCUGGGCUAGGAAGGGAAUCGAGGACUGGAUCGGGAAGCAACGCUACCCCAGCAGUGGCCCAGGAUCCCGGCAGCCCCGGGUGGUGGGCGGCUUCUCCGGCAGCACCCGGGAUCCGGCUGGUGAAGUUUACCGAGAAACAAUCAGUGAGGAACAUUUUCGUCUAGAAGUGUCUUUGCCUCCUGAGAAGACAGAUGGGCCAGGGAGUGGAGAUGAAAAGAAGGCGGAGAAAGACAGUGAAUCUUGCCCCAGCUCCAAGAAACAGCUGAAAUUUGAAGAGUUACAGUGUGAUGUCUCAGUAGAGGAAGACAACCGGCAAGAAUGGACCUUCACGCUAUAUGACUUUGAUAAUAAUGGCAAAGUCACUCGAGAGGAUAUCACUAGCUUGCUCCAUACUAUCUAUGAAGUAGUCGAUUCCUCAGUCAACCAUUCCCCUACAUCCAGCAAGACUCUGCGGGUGAAACUCACAGUGGCUCCAGAUGGGAGUCAGAAGAGGAAGAGUAUUUUGCUCAAUCAUGCUGACCUACCAAGCUUGAGGCGCAGAGCAGAGAGCAAGACCAAUGAAGAGCUGAGGAGCUUGGAGAAGAAACAACGUGCUCCUCUCAGGUACCAUGGAGAUGCCCACUUGGAGCAAUCUGGGCGCUACCACCAUUGUGUGGAUGAGAACAUUGAAAGAAGAAACCACUAUUUAGAUCUUGCAGGGAUAGAAAACUACACAUCCAAGUUUGGACCAGGCUCUCCUUCCCAGAAGCCUGAGCUGCCCACCAGAGUCCCCAUCCAGACUCGAUCUCGCUCCCACGAACCCGAAACCAUCCAUGUGCACCACAGGAAGUCCCAGGGGGCAGAACCGGGCCCCUUUCACUUCAUGGACAUUCCAUACGCCAAGAUUGCAGAAGUCCAGCAGCGCCUCCGGGGUGGUCAGGAUCUGAGCAAGCACUUUGUAAAGUCCCCCAAAGCCCAGAGCAAAAACGUGGGGUCAGCCCACCCGGGGAGGGGAGCAAGAAGCAAAUCGAUCCUGGGACCUACCAUCCCCUUGGCUUCCCCAACGGCCCGCCCUGUCCCACCCUACCUCCUUGGCCCGGCCCCGCCAGGGCACAAGAAACACAAGCAGAGAGCCAAGGAAAGCCAGCAGAUGUGCAAAAGCCUGCAGCCCCCUGGGAGCACAGUGGUGGAGAAGGAACAUGUGCGAGAUCUGCCCGCGGUUGUGCUGUACGAGGGCCAGGUGGGGCAAAUGGUCCAGAGACACGAACAUCACCACCACCACGAACAUCACCACCAUUACCACCACUUCUACCAGACAUAGAGCAGCCCCACCCACACUCAAGAGACCCCCACCCCCACCGCAGUAUGAAGGAACCCCUCUCCCAAGAUGUCCAACUCCCAAGGCAUUAUUAUUCUUAUUCAUAAUUAUUCUUCUUGUUGUUGUUACUUCACUAAUAUCCAACUAGUCUCCAUUUUAGAAACUAUAUGGAAACACAGAAACUUACCUUAAUUUAUAUAUUGUGGAAACUGCAUAGCUUACUUAAUUAACAACUUGUGAAUUUUUGUAGCGGCUUGUGAGGAUGGCAGAGGCAGUCCCUGGCUGUCAGAACUGGGCUCUCCCUGCAGAUGGUCAUUGCACAGGGAGGGAGGGGGCGCAGGGCCACCACCAUAAGCCAGUGGUUCCUUGGCUUCCAUUUCCCCUCCUGUACUCCAGCCUUCCCCCGGCAAACUUGGCUGCCUGGUCCUGCUUCCAGAGACCUUUAGAAUUGCUGAGACGACAAACUGUUGCUACCUCUUAGUAUUACUUAGAUUUUAAUUUGCCCCUUAAUUGAUUGUAAUGUGCUCCGGGGGGGUUUUGAUGGACUCUGGUUACAUGGCCUGUUUGGUGUCUGGUAGGCCUAAUUCCUAUCCCUGGGAAUGUUAGCUGUGCUUGUCAUUGGAGUUACCCCAAACAGCAACCUCCUCGUCUGAAUCCCAGAUUCUUUUCUGAAGGCAAUCCUGACUGUUCUAUGAUGGAAAAAUCAGGAAACCCCCUUCUCUCCUCUUCUCCUUCGCUCUUAAGGGAAGUACAUGUACAUACAUGUAGCUGAAGUCUGUCUCUGAAACCACACUUGUUUUGGAAAACCACUGGAAAAGGGAGUGACCACAGGAACAUGGGCGCAGGACCGUUGUUUUGGUUUUUUUGAGUCCUGCCUUCAACAAAAUUGGGCCUGUUCCCAGCUGUUGUGUGUUGGCUUUUCCUUCUGAAAUCGUUGUUGUGACUGAGAAUGUUAAAAACCCUUUCCCCUUAUAGUGCUGGCAAAUAUAUUGUACAUACCUACAUAAUUAUAUAAAUAUAGCUAUUUAUAGAGACAGAUAUUAUUUUGUCUCUAUAUAUAUUUAUAUAAAUAUACACACUCAGGUACAUUUUCUUGUGUUGUAGAAAUCUGUGAUUUGAUUCUCUGAAAUAUAAUUAUUGUCCCAGGAGAUGGGUUUUCACGUGUAAGUGGCUGUGGUCGGGGAUAUGUGGUUUAAUUUUACCCCCUAGUGGGGUCUGCCCCUGUGUUCUUUUAAGCAAGCAUACCACACUUUCUCCUCUCCCGCCUUCUCUUUAAGAGGGACAGGAUCAGGCAGACCUGAAGGAGAGAGGCUGGGGAAAUAGGGUCAGAGGGCACUGGCAGCAUUGGGCAGAACUGAACAUUGGGCCUGGGCGGCCAAUCCACAGGAAGGGUUGCAGUCUGGCUGCGUGGUGAAGGCUGGACGUGGCCAGAAAGAAGGAGAAAAGGGGCACGCUGAGCAUUUCAUGUGUGUGUGUGUGAGUUUCAACUCCUACCUUUUCCUGCUCUCUCUGGUGAGGGUACUUUUGGCUUCAGGUUGUCAUGGAGUGGGAGAGGGGGUCUGUGGAAUAUUUUGGAGGAUGCUGGGUCCGUUUUGGAAUGCUUUCCUUUUUAUGUAGUGGGUUCCCAGCAUCCUAUAGCUUUGAGAAUAGAAUAUGGAUGUCUGGCUCUCCUGGGCCUCUGGAGAACAGGGAUGGUUUUCCAAAGGAACAUUUUCAGAGACAUUUCAGAGAAGAUCUUCUUUUUUCUCCCCCUUCAAUCUUAGAGGAGGAAUCCGAGCCUUUCCCCCAUAUGCUUAUUUGGAUCAAAACAGUAGCUUUGGGGACUUAAACCAGGGAGAACUCCAAAACCCUUCCACUAUUACAGCCUGCCUUUCUUUUCCUUUUCCUACUCCCGAAGCUGCAUGUCUCUCAAGAUCUUCUCUGUCCCUCUAUAAUUGAAGUUUCUUUAAAAAGAAAAAAAAGCGAGAGGAGAAAAAACAAUCUAGAAACUUGUCAGUUCUCUAUUCUGUUUUAUUUAGGGAUUUCUCAUCUUGGUCUACAGGCGCUUAGAUGGAUUUUCCAGUUUCCAAACAACUGUCCCCCCUCACCCCCCACCACCCGCAUCUCCCCACUCACAUAAUUACACAGAAGACUGAAUUAUCUGUACAUGGUGGUUCCGGCUUUUCUGCCCCCGGAAUUGUUCCAGGAAGCCCCUCCGACUCUCUUUAUAUUGUCUUUUUACUCUGUGUGUGGGGAUGUGUGUAUACACACGCACACACAAUAUGCCUAUUAUAUAUGUACGCACACAUAUAUAAUUACGGACUGGAGAGAGAAGGCAUCUCCACGUUGAGCAGAAGGAAUAAGCUUAUUUAUAUUCUCGUGUUAAUGAAGUCUGGUGUGUUGGAGUGACUCGUGUUGUGAAGCAUGCAAACACCAGAAUGUACAUUCCAGCUGUCAGCGGCGUCACGCCAUUGUUCUCGGAGAGGCGGAGGGGGCUCCCCCCGCGACAGAGGAUUGCCAAUUAGGGUUUUUGGCAAAGGGGAGCAGACAGGAGCUGCCGCUGUUACUUUCUUCCUUGUUUCUUUCUUUUCAAAUAUCCUUUUUUAAAUCACAAAUCAUUACAGGGCCAAAGGGAUCGGGGGAAUUUUUAAAAUGCCAAGAACAUCCCUUGAAUGUGUUUCGGGGAGGGGAGGCGGGGCGGGGCAGGUGGGAGGCGGGGGGCGGCGGAGGAGCCGCUUGAAGUCCCCCCAAAGAGCAGCUUGUCAGAGACGCUAACAGCGGCAAUCACGCCCGCCCUUGCAUCUCAUCGCUGACUCCCAACUCCCCUGUCAGCAUUCCCGCUAAUGAAAGUGGACUCCUGGAAUAUGCUCUCGCGAUUGAUCGAAUCUUUGAAAUUCAUUUUCCUGCCUCGCCUCGCCGCCUCCUCCCCCUCCCUCCCACCAGCCCCCCCACCUCUACCCCCGGAUCCAAAAGACAAGCUCUGUCAUGGGGUGAUCAUGUGAAAGGUCCCAUGAAUAUUAAUACUGUCACAGACCUACUUGCAGACACGGGCAGGGUUUAGCUCCUGUGGCAGGGGGAGGCUUUAGUUUGGAACUUUCUAUCCACGCCAUCCCCUCUCCCCAUCCGCCCCCUCCCCCCAACCUAUGUUUCCUGAUGUUUGCUUUUCAGUAUUUUGUAUAGUAACUAGAGAUGGUUUUGACUAAAUGCUUUAUUUAUUUAAUAGCAAAAAAAAAAAAUGUGCUGAGAGGAAUUCUCCUUAAUUAAAGUUUUACUAGUUCAGAAAGUCUUGCAUCUUUCCUUGUUGUGGUGGGGUUUUGGGGUCCCUCUCUCACAAACUUUUCCAAAAACAUUCAAUUAAACUCAUCCUCUGGA